AUGCAUCAGUCCAGCUUUUACACUGGUGUUAGAUUCAUGCUGUUGUUGCUCUUUGCUAUCAUCGUCCAGGGCCAGACCACUACAUUACCUGAAGCACAAGAGUACACCGAUGGGCUGUUUACGGAUCCAAUAAAAUUAACGUUACUUGGACUACAACUUACGAGGUCGUCAAUCUUCCACACCACAGAAGAGUUCUAUGUCUGGAUUGUAGAUGAUCAUGGCAACAACUCGCUGCCUUUCACAUUUCAUGCGGUCAACGCCACAGGCACCGAAGAGCAGCGAGCAUUGGGCGGCUUUUGGUCAGGACAAUUCUGGCUCCGCGAUACACCUGCCACCACUUCGACGGCUUCGAGCUUAGCAUCCCAAACCACCUCCGAACACACUUCGAACAUCACUUCCACUGCGGCGGUCACCUCGGAAACCUCGAGUUCAGCAUCUCCUACAACAUCCGCAUCCCCCACAUCCUCCUCCUCAUCCUCCUCGUCUCCCUCGUCCUCCUCGUCCUCCUCGUCCUCAUCUACGUCGGGAUCUGUUUCCACCACUAGCCUCGUCUCGCCCGCGAGUACAAUGAUUGAAUCACCAAGCACUAGCUCCACAGCAACGACCAGUCCCUCUGGCUCUUCUGGAAGUAGUAAAGUCGUCAUCGGUGUUGGCGUCGGUAUUGGUGUCGGAGUUGCGGCUCUACUAAUUGGAGCCUUUGUCUUAUGGCGACGCCACCACAAUCGAUCCAAGAAACAAAAGGCCGAGGAGAGGUCCAACUACCUAGCUGAUAGUUCGGGUGAUCGGAAGAGUGAACGCUCGUCUCAGACAGAUCAGCGGCCUCGCGCUCCUCACCUGCCGUCUUAUGAGCUUGCUGAGCAACCGAGGCGGUCUCCAGUAGAAGCAUAUGACCGUUGGCAGGAACCUCGAGAGCUAUCGGGCUCGCCGUUCCGAAGGUAG